AUGGCGAAAAACCCGCGCAUGGCUGUCCUUGACUUUGCCUCCAGAGAAGCGAAGCGAUCGCAGUACUGUUCUCGAGCCGCCGUGAAGCUCGAGCAACUGCUUUUAAAGUUCCCGAAAGUGUUGUCUUCUUUGCAGAAAGGAAAAGUCGUAAAGUGCGUAGACUUGGGUUGUCAUCCAGGUUCGUGGCUGCAAGUGUUGUCCCGGAAAAUAAAGAAGGCGGAAAUAUACGGGUUUGAUUUAAACGAAAUCGAAUCGUUGGAGAGUUUGAAGUACGUGGACGUACAUCGAACGCGAACGUUUCAGUGCGACGUGUUUGAGAGCGAUGAGUUGAUGAAUUCUUUACAGUUGGAUAAAAAUGUGAAUUUGCUGACAUCGGAUAUGAUGGCCAAAACGACCGGUCAAAACGAUGCGAGUGCGUCGCACGAGUUAGCCGUGCGCGCGUUUGAGUUAGCCACGAAAGAUUUGCUCGCGAAGGAUGCGCAUUUCGUGUGUAAAAUCUUUGAAAGCGAAGAGACGAGGGCGUUGAAGAUGGAAGCGAAGAAAGCGUUUGCGAGCGCGAGUCUGUUUCGACCAGACGCGGUGAGGAAAGGCAGUCGAGAAAUUUAUAUGGUUGGCGUUGGGUUCAAAGGUUAG